UAGGAAAACAAACUGAUUCGCCAUUUGAUUGGAUGACAGGCUUGUAUUAAAGUGAAAUAUUCGCCUGCCUGCUGCUUAACGUUACUGUUACCACAUCUUCAAUGGCGGAACUCCGCUGCAGAAGUUAAUAUGACACAAGACAAGAUCGCAUAAGAGACCACAAGGAUGUCAAUAGAGGCGGAGGCGUUGCUGCAGGAGGCUAAGGAGAGCAUAGAGGCAGCCCAAAACUACAGGAGCGAGCUGCAGCAGAGACUGCAUGGACUCAGCCAAGCCCGCAAACAGGUGCGGGGCAGUGCCAGCCAGACGCGUGAGACCCUGCAACGACAUUUCCAGGAUCUGCAGACUGCGGUGAGCCGACUGCUGACUGAAAGGCUGAACACUCUGCUGCAGGAGGUCGACAACAUCGAGCUGGACAGCGUCAGCCCCUUAGAUGACUGCCAGAAACUCAUUGAGCAUGGAGUCAGCACAGCCGAUGAGCUGCUCAGAGAGGGCGAGGUUGCCAUCCGCUGUGGUAUAAACGAGAAAGAAGACAAGCUGGGCAGCUUCACUAAGAAAGCCUUGCAGAUCCAGUUGGACAGCCUGCCUGAGGUACCUGCACUGGUGGAUGUGCCAUGUCUGUCUGCGCAGCUGGAUGACUCUUUGCUGCAAAUGUUUCGUACGCAUGUUGCUCGACAUGGCAGCGUGGCAUCUCAUCCACCAGUCCAGAUUGAAGAGCUGGUGGAGAGACCGGGCGGUGUGCUGGUGCGCUGGUGUAAGGUGGACGAUGAUUUUACUCCUCAGGACUACCGGUUGCAGUAUCGUCGCGGUAACUCUUCUCAAUAUGAGGAUGCAUACAUCGGCAAGGACACAGAGUUCCUGGUGCUUCAGCUUGACCCUCAUAUGGACCACCUGUUCCGCGUGUGUGCCAGAGGGGAGGGCCGAACCGAAUGGAGCCCAUGGAGCAUCCCACAGACCGGCUACACCACGCUCGCCCCCCAUGAAUGGUGUCCCGGUGUGGAUGGUUACAUUUUAAGCAGUAGGAAAAAUAUCACCAUGCGCAGUGACUCGUCGCCAGGUCACGGAGGUGUGCUGUACUCCAACUCCCCGACCUACUUCUGUGGCCAGACCCUCACCUUCAAGAUCACGGCAGCAGGACCUCCAGAUAGGCGAGAUAGUUUAGGUGUGUGCGCGGACAAUAGAACGGACACAGACUCGUUGCAGAGGGACCAGGCUGUCUGCAUCUCCACCAGUGGUGCUGUGUUUGUUAAUGGAAAAGAGAUGACCAACCAGUUGCCAGCAAUCAGUGUCGGUUCAUCUGUGACCUUCGACAUGGAAGUGGUCAGCAUCUUUCCUGUGAGCAAUAACAACCCUAGUGAUAAAGGAAACUUUAAACUGAGGGUGACGAUUGGCUCAGGAAACCGAGAAGUGGUGUUUGAUUGGCUGCUGGAUCAGGUUGUAGACAGCCUGUUCUUUGGCUGCUCCUUCACACACCCUGGAUGGAAAGUGCUGGUGUUUUGAUUGAUUGAUUGAUUGUUUUUUUUUUAAAGUUAUGAUAAAAAUACGAUCCAGUGUGCUGGCGUGUGCCGCAUCAAUGUAUUCAGUUCUGAAUUCGAGACCUCAAGUUCCUUUUUAUUUUGUUAAACUUUUAGCACAUUUGACAGCACAGUGUUUUCGCAAUUUCAUUUAACUUUUCUGAUUUUUGUAUUAUGAGAAGCACAUAUCGCAGAAUAAUAUUUGACUUUCUUUAUUCUGUGAUAUGAGGCCAGUCACUACUCUAUGGCCUUAUCACAUACAGUUCUUUGCACACAUGAUUUUUUUCACGCAGGUGAUGAUGAGUAGCAAAGCAUGCUGGUCUGAGAAAAAAAGAUGAAUCUACUGUGAAGUUCUCAAGAGCACAAUAACAUUCAAACUAUUUAUGUGUACUUCACAAAUAAGAGCAAAUAUGUGCACUAAAGUCGAUGCUCAGACAAUCCUUUUAUCUGUAAGUCACACGUGGAGAGUACCUGUAUAAUAUACAAGAAGGUGUAGCCGAUUUUAUCUGUUGGAAUGAAUAUUAGAGGCAGAUUUCGAGUGAUAGUAAGUAGCUUGAUGUACCUACCAUCUAGGUUUUUUUUAUGUUCGUUUGGUACUGACCUCAGUGUUAUAAAGUACUGUUUUUAAAUUAUUCCAUCAUAAACGGUAGUGCAAAUGAUUCAGCCUGUUCACAGCUUCAACACAACAAUGAUUUCCAAAUAAGGACUGUGAUAAUUCACACUGUUGUGCCAUUUAUAUUUUUAACUUUUUUUUAUUCGUGUUUUAUGUCCUCUUACUGUACAGGUUACUGUAUUAGCUGGCCUGCCUUCCCUUACAGUCAUGUUUGUAAUGUAUUUAUGUUUAAAGUGUUGGAAAUUGGACCCUGCAAAGUUUAUAUAAGUUGAGAGCUUGUGCAUAAGGGUUUUUCUAAAACAGAACAUCCUUCACAAGGUACUAUAUUUCCUCACUGCACAAGGGAACGUUUAUAAUCUCUUUAAUUGUUUGUGUAGAAGCGCUUAAGAUAAAGAUACACCCACAGAAUGUCUGUUCUGUUAACUCUAUUUAUAAAACUGUGACGGUUUAAUGUAUAUUUACUAGGGAUGCACCGAUAUAUCAGCCUAUAAUCGGUAAGCAUUCUUCCCACUAUAGGACAUCGGCCGAUUGAUUAUAAACUGAUCAUGCUGUGUGAUCAUUUUAACAGAAUUGCAGUUUGUAUGCUCUGCACUUCCAAAAGAUAACUGUAACGUAACAUUAACAAAACGUAAAAACCAAAAGUAUCGGCAUCUAUUGGUAUUGGUAGAUGUCAAUUUAAGCAAUCAGAUAUCGGUAUCUGCACAGAAAUGUUGUAUCGGUGCAUCCCUAAUAUUUACCUCAGUUUGCUUGUGCCUUCUUGUAAAAGCUGUAAGAAUUCAACUGAUUUGCAAUCUAAUAAAGUGUUUGGAACGUUAAGACAAA